AUGGCUUCAAGCACUGGGUCUCUAUUUUUGGUCAUAUGGGGAACUCUUCUCCUUUCACGUUCUAUGAGAGCAAAGGACAAUCAACAUGCAACACAGCUACUGUACAUGUACAACAUAUUCACGGAUAACGUCGCCAUAUUAGGGCACACUAUUCGUUCUGUGAAUGUAUCAAGUCAAGUUGAUUGCUUCCGCCAUUGUGCAAAGGUUUGUGGUUGCGUUGCAUUUCAGUUGACUGGGUGGAAAUGUGAAUUAUUGGAUGCAGAUAAAGAUGUCGUGAUUGGGAACCUGGUAACUAGACCAGGCACUGCUUUGUACACUAUGAAUCAGGAUAGUAUAAAGGUAAGGUUGUGUCAUUGAUAGGAAAACAAGUUGUAGAGCUACUAGGGAGUAAUGAACUAUAAAUAAAUAUUGAAUACACAAGUAAAAAUACAUACCUAUAUUUACAUGUUCAAUAUCAUAAGUUAAAAAGUGCCCCAAGCCCAUCGCCAGACUUACGAUUUGUAGCUUUGAGUUUGGUGACAUGCAAUGGUAUUUUGUGUUUUGUGAUUAUAAACUAGAUUCGAUUUUAUGACAACAGCACGGCUUUAUUGCGCUCCGUCGCUAAAGGAAGUAAAAAUUUGAUGUAACAGACGCUGAUUAAAAGAGAAAUUCUCCCUAAACUCUUUCUGCUGCAAAACUCAAAAUUGUUAGCAAGAUCAGUCAUUGUUUUGUAGAAGUUUAAUAUUCACAACGAAUCAGCCAGGUUAUGUUUCUUGAUGAUUUUGUGGCCAAGGGAUGGUCGGAAUCGCUCGCUAAAUUUGAGUGCAAAACGUUAGGUGUAAGAAGACAAAUUUGCGUCCACAACUAAAACUUAAUUCGUACAUGCGAAAAGGUAUCCUGUAUGACUACACUUUAAUUAUUAUUAUUUUAAUUAUAUUGCCAGGUGAACCAAAGCUGUGUUAACGAAUGCUGCAGAUCAAAGCCCUGUCUUAACGGCGGAACCUGUGAGGAAAAAUGCAGUGACGUCAGAGAACCUUAUACUUGCACAUGCUCAAAAUAUUACAAGGGAAAACGAUGCGAGCAGUUUUAUCCACAAGUCAAGUCGUGCCAAGGUGUCAAGAUAUUUAGGCCGGGAUCGCAUUCCGGUGUUUACGAACUUGUUAUAAGUGAUAAUAAAACUGUGCAGAGUUAUUGUGACUUUACCUCGGAGGCUGGUAAGGCUUGGACGCUCAUAGAAUCCUUUUCGCUUUCAAACAAAGGCGUAUAUAAGAACAAACCAUUUUAUCACGAUUUUCCUCGAAACGAGAACAACUUCACAUGGGACGACUUUAGGGUUUCAUACCAAGCCUUGGUUAAUAUCCGGAAUAACUCAACGCACUGGCGCGUGACCUGUACCUUCCCAUCAGGCCUCAGUUAUGCCGACUACGCACGCUCUUCGCUCAAUGAAACAGACCUCCUAACGUUUGUCAAUCAGGACAAAUGCAAGAGGUAUGAAUAUGUUUCAGUGCGAGGAAUAAACUGUACGGACUGUAAAGGGAUGUUGGUUCAAAGAGACAGUCAACACAUGCAUACAGAUUCUUACUGGAGCGGAAUAAAUGGCUGUCAGUGGAACCCCGGGGCGGGAGCAAUAUCAGGAGAAGAUAAUUUUGGUUUGUAUGCUGUUACCAAUCCAAAACACAGGUGCACGGUAAACGCUUCGUCUACUACACAGUGGUGGCUUGGGUCAGAAUUAUAA